GCAGCGGACAAAAACACACAAUGGCGACGGCGGCGACUACUGCGGGCGGAGCGGGCUCAGGCGGACCGGCCACGGGCCCAGCCGGCGUGGGGACGGCUGUGGGACGUAAGAAAGACGGCGGACCUUCUACCAAAUUCUGGGAGAGCCCGGAGACCGUGUCCCAGCUGGAGGCGGUGCGGCAGUGGAUCGGGAAGCACUACAAGAAGUCUGUCCAGAAUGACUCCCCCUCCAGUAAAUCCUUGGCGGGUCUGGUGGUCCAGCUGCUGCAAUUCCAGGAAGACGCAUUUGGACGCAGGGUCAACAAUCCUGCUCUUACCAAGCUACCUGCCAAGUGUUUCCUGGAUUUCAAGGCAGGAGGUGCUCUCUGUCACAUCUUGGGGUCGGUCUACAAGUUCAAGAGCGAGCAGGGAUGGCGUAGAUUUGACCUGCAGAAUCCUUCCCGGAUGGACAGGAAUGUGGAAAUGUUCUUAAAUGUAGAGAAGAACCUGGUCCAGAACAACUGCUUGACUCGACCAACCGUCUUCCUGUCGCCGGACAUCGAGCAGAAACAAACCAGUAAGCUCAAAGACAUCAUCAAAAGGCACCAGGGCACCAUUACUGAUGACAAGUCAAAGGCCACCCACCACAUUUACCCAACUCCAUCCCAACAAGAAGAAGAAGAGUGGCUUCGUCCUGUCAUGAGGAAAGACAAACAGGUGCUGGUUCACUGGGGUCUCUCCCCAGACAGCUAUGAUACCUGGGUGUCAGCCGGUGAGGUUGAUGGAGACGUGGAGGACCCACCCAGCACCGACAGACCAUGGAAGGUCCAUGCCAAGUGGGUUUUAGACACUGAUGCCUUCAAUGAGUGGAUGAAUGAAGAAGACUACGAGGUGGACGACAACAAGAAGCCAGUCAGCUUCCGCCAGAAGAUCUUCCCCAAGGAGGAGGAGUCUUCCCGUACACCCGAUCGCAAGGAGCGCAAGGCCAACUCUGCCAGCAAGAAGAGGAGGCGCUCGCCCUCGCCGCCCAGCACUCCCGCCGAGUCACGCAAAAAGGGAGGAAAGAAGGGGAACCAGGGGCCUCACUGGAAGCGACGAGGCCACAGAGGCGAAGAGGAGGACACGGAGGAGGACAUGACCAAGGACAUGGACGACUCCUCAGCUGGUGCCAGCAUGGAGGAGGGAAGCGUGUCCAAGAACGCAAAUUCAAAGAAAGACAGUGAGAAUACCCCGGUGAAAGGAGGAAAUUUGGCUGACUUGGAUGAUAUGGAGGACGACUCCGUGCUGUCUGGUGGAAAGGAUGAUGAGGAGCAGGGCAAAGCUGAAAUCAACCGACUGAUGGACUCGAGCGAGGACAACGUGACUGAACAGACUCACCACAUAAUCAUCCCGAGCUACGGCGCUUGGUUUGACUACAACUGCAUCCAUGAGAUCGAGAGAAGAGCCCUGCCCGAAUUCUUCAACGGGAAGAACAAGUCCAAAACUCCAGAGAUAUACCUGGCCUACCGUAACUUCAUGAUCGACACAUAUCGGCUAAACCCUCAGGAGUACCUCACCUCCACCUCCUGUCGCAGGAACUUGACCGGAGAUGUCUGUGCCAUCAUGAGGGUUCAUGCGUUCUUGGAGCAGUGGGGUUUGGUGAACUACCAGGUCGACUCUGAGAGCCGCCCAUUACCCAUGGGCCCCCCACCCACACCCCACUUCACCGUGCUGGCUGACACACCAUCUGGCCUCAUGCCCAUGAACCACAGACCCCCACCGAUUCCCCCUCAACAGCAAAUGCCCAACUACGGAGACAAAGGAAAAGAGAAGUCCAUCGACCUGCAGAACUUCGGCCUUCGCACCGACCUCUACAACAAGAAAAACCUCAAGGGUAAAACGGUCAACUCCACCAGGGAUUGGACCGAGCAGGAAACCCUUCUGCUGCUGGAGGCCCUGGAGAUGUUCAAAGACGACUGGAACAAAGUGUCUGAGCACAUCGGUUCACGCACCCAGGACGAGUGUAUCCUGCACUUCCUGCGGCUGCCCAUUGAGGAUCCGUACAUGGAGAGCACUGAGGCCUCCCUGGGCCCUCUGGCCUACCAGCCCAUCCCCUUCAGCCAGUCUGGAAACCCCGUCAUGAGCACAGUGGCCUUCCUGGCCUCCGUGGUCGACCCCAGAGUGGCGUCUGCUGCAGCAAGGGCAGCUUUAGAGGAGUUCUCCCGUGUGCGUGAGGAGGUGCCUGCUGAGCUGGUGGAGGCUCACGUGAAGAAGGUGCAGGAGGCGGCCCGGAGCACAGGAAAGGUGGAUCCCGCCUUCGGCCUGGAGAGCAGCGGCAUCGCUGGCACCGCCCCCGAAGAACCAGAAAAGACUGAAGCCCCAGAGGCCGAGAAGAUUGACACGGACACGGACUCCCAGCAGGCCGAUAAGGCGGAGUUGAAGGACGAGGCAGAGAAGCCCAGCGAGUCUGCAGAGAAGAGCGACAAGACGGAGGCCGCAGACAAGGUGAAGAAGGAGGGAUCGGAGUCAUCAGAGCGCGAAGAGGAGAACGAAGAGGCAGCGGAGGCAAAGACGGCUCCAGCAGACAAAGACAAGGACGAGGCCAUGGAGACGUCGUCCUCCGACCAGGAGAAGGAGAAGGAGGAGAAGGCCGCUACAGAGGAGGCAGACGACAAGAGGAAGAAACUGGAGCACGACAUCGGAGAGGGGAACAUUGCCACCGCGGCCGCCGCCGCCCUGGCAUCGGCCGCCACCAAGGCCAAGCACUUGGCAGCGGUGGAGGAGAGGAAGAUCAAGUCUCUCGUGGCUCUGCUGGUGGAGACCCAGAUGAAGAAGCUGGAGAUCAAACUGAGGCACUUCGAGGAGCUGGAGACCAUCAUGGACCGAGAGAAAGAGGCCUUGGAGCUUCAGCGGCAGCAGCUUCUCACCGAGCGCCAGGCGUUCCACAUGGAGCAGCUCAAAUACGCCGAGAUGAAGGCGAGGCAGCAGAUGGAGCAGCAAGCUGCCGCCGCUGCUGCUGCGGCCGCCGCUGCCGCCGCCCAGGCUCAAGGACAGGGGCAGGCUCCUGGAUCCGGACCCCACUCCGGGCCCCCUCCAUCAGGCAUGCACCCCGGAGGGCCCCCACCUCACCACGGAGCACCGGUGCCCCACCACGGAGGGCCCCCACCCAGUGCUGCCCUGCACCCUGGCUUCCCGCCGAUGGGUCACCACUCAAUGGGCCCCCACCACCCAGGACAGACAGGACCGAUGGGACCAGGUCAGCCGAUACCGGGACGCAUGCUGUCCGGCCCGCCUUCUGCCGGCCCCCCUCCUGGCGGCAUGGCUCCCAUGAUGCCCCCCCGACAUCCCGGAGCUCCCAACGGCAUGUCAUCUCUCCUCUUUCCAGUCCCCGGCCCUCAAGCUGCCCAGGCUGAAGCGGUUCCUCCGGUUCCUGUGGGUCCUCCAGCGCCCGCGAGUGGACGAGUGGCUGACAACUAAGACCUACACACACACACACACACACACACACACACACACACACACGAGCAGGCACACAUGAGCAGACACACACAAAACUCAAUCUCUGAUCCCCUUUUGUUGAUGGCCUUUGCUACUAGCUCGACUUAUUUUCCCUCUACACUCAAAACUACAGUUAGAUUUAUCAAAGGACACAUUCACACACACACACACACACACACACACACACACACACACACUCAGGGUUCAGUGGCAAGGGUAACCCAAUUUUCCGUGCACACACACACACAUCCAGACUUCCUCUCAGGGCACAGCGGCACGGGUCGUCUAGUAAUGAACACUGUUUUCUGCUCUGUUGGGCCAGAUGGAGGCUGGAGAGAAUGACUUUGUGUACAGGAAACAAACAAUAAGAGAGAGCAGAUAGAAAAAAAUACUGUCCGUCUCACCUUUUUCUCUUUCAAUGCUGUUUUUAAAUGACACUGUAACCCCCCCCACUCCUCCCGUCUCUCUUUAACACACAAACACAAAACACACACACACACACACACACACACACACACACACACACACACACACACACACACACACACCUCCUCUUGUCUGCUGCCUCUUUCUGCAAGCCAAACUCUAGGGGGAGCUAGUGAGACCAGUCCUGCAUGUGUGUGCACACACUCACGAGGCCCAGCAGGUUAUUCAGAUAAUGAUAGGAAUAAAGCACACACACACACAUACAGCUUGUCCUCUCUCGUGUCUCGUAGAGUAUCUACCUCUCGCUCCUCUUUAACUGAUACACUGUAGUUCUGCGUUUCAUGGCGGCUUGCUCGUUUAACUCCUGUCACCACAGUUUGUGUUUUCUUAAGUCUAAAGAAGCACAAAUUGCUGAAACGAGGCAGGUUUAUGGACAAAAAAAAGAGUUUUUUAUGAUGUUAAUUGUUAUUGUCUUGCCGCUACAAAGAAUAAACCCUAAAGUCUAAAAUGAAGUCGUUUUCUUAUCUGUUUGACAAGGUGCGUCUCCGUUCCUUGACCAAAACAAAGAUGGCAGGGUGGAGUCUGAAGUUGAGCGGCCACAACGCAUUAAGUUUUGUCAAUUUUUUUUUUAUAAAACUGGCUUUUUUCCUGAUAUAGUUUAAAACGAUGUGAUUGGCUUUAUUUGUCUUAUUGCCAACAAAUCUCAUGACAAGACCAAAACCAACAAUAUGUUAUACCGUCUUCUAUUACUUUGUGACUUCCCAUCCCAAGUCUUUGAAAAACUGAUAUAUAACGUUACAUUUAUUUGUUUUAAAGGCUCAAUAAUUUCCUUAACAGCUGGUCGCUGUAGUUUUAGCAAAUGUUACUCAAAUAGCAGUAAAUAUUUUGUGGGACUAUUUUUAGUGGCGGAUGAGUCAACAUAGUGUGGUAUUUGGUAUAGUGUGGCCACAGUGGAACCAAUGCAUGGUUGGUUUUGGUUUCUUUGACUGGAUUUGUUGACAAUAAGCAAAAAUACACAAAAAAAAGCCGGCCUCAUCGUUUAGACAUUGAAGCAAAAAGUCUCGGAUGUGAUUUCACGAGAGGCACAAACUGAGGAUAAAUGCACCGAUCGUUCCUACUCUGCCACGCGCCAACCACAACACAGAAAUGUAAGCUAAGCUGAGGCUCACACUAGAGGCUGCGUGUGCACACACACACACACACACACACACACACACACACACACACACACACACACACACACACACACACACACACACUCAGACUUGGCCAGACCCUGCCACGAAGCACUGGACAACUCACACACACACACACACACACACAUAAUCUCCUGCUGAACUUCACACAGCCUUUACAGAGAGGGCGACGCUGUGAUGCGGCUCAAAUUAUAAAACAUCAGAACACGAAUGACGCUCUUCCUCAGCGCUGUGGGCUUCUAGAUGUUUUUAGGUGCUGAUGAUUAUGUAGCCAAUAAGCCCCUCACCCGUCUCACCCUCCUCACUUCCUCCCCUGCUCACACGUUUCCUAACGCCUACUGCUGCCUACCUCUUUAACCUCACACUCACGGACGUUUUUUGUUUUCUGACCACUAGCAACAGGAAAACAAAGCAAUAUCCUCACUUCCUGUGUGUGGAACUGUUUUUGUGGUCGCCACGCUGAAAAAAUGUUGCGAUGUCCAAGAGAAGUUUGGUCCUGACAUUCUGUAUCCUGUGGUGUCGUAGGGGAAGAAAAUGGUGCGUAAACAAGGGGAACAACCACCAAACGUUUAUUUAUAGAACUGAAAAUAAGCAAUUAGUCGAUCCACAAGAUAUUAAUUUGGAGCUAUUUUGAUAAUUUUUCGGUUCCAGUUUCUCAGAUGUGAAUAUUUGCAGAUUUUCUUUUAUAUUUUGUUUUCUGAGCCUUUAUGUACUGUUAAACUGAGUAACUUUGCGUUUUGGCGUGUUGGUCGGACAAAUGUAGACACCUGAAGAGCUUCAGGACUCUAUAGAAGGCACAUUUUCACUAUCUGCUUAUUUUAUCGACCAAACGAUUGAUUCAUUGAGAAAAUAGUCCGCUGACUUUCUUUUCUUUUAUCAGUUAUUUGUUUAAUCUGGAGAUUUAAAGCCGAAACCAGCAGAUAUUUGGUAUUUCUGCUCGGUAAUCCACUGUACAUUUUGAAUCGUGUCGCACAAUAUUCCUCAACAGCUGUUACAAUAUUCUAGAAGAUAAAAAAACCAAGUAAUCUGAACUCGAGUGGCUUUUCUCACUCUACUCAUUUCCUCAGAUACUAAACCGUUACGCUGGCUGCAUCUUUCUUCAGUCAACACAAAGAAAAAACUAGGUUGUUUUAAUGUCUCGACUCUCCUCUCCCCCUUUCGCUAGCACUGUUAGUAUCUCUGCUACCUCUUCCUCGUUCAUCCGCUAGCUACCUCUUCUAGAAAUCUCUCUCUUGCUAUGUGCUACCUCUUUGCUACCUCUCCUUCCUAUUUCCUUUCUUUUUAUCUCCUUUUUUUCUCUCCCCCUCCCCCCCGCCCACAUGCUGCAUUACUGUCACCCUCUUCACACACACACACACACACACACACACACACACACACACACACACACACACACACACACACACGUAGUCAUUCGCUCUCGCUCUCAUGCACCACGUCCCUCCUUUCCCAUCCAUCACCUUACACCAACGCUUGUUAUGUAAUUUCACUUAAAUAUGACGGGAAUCCCCCCCCCCCCACCUCACAUAUAUUAUCUUUAAUCGAUUUCUCUUUGUGUUAUUGGUAAUGUAUUUUUUAAAGGAGAAGUUUUGUGUAGAUGGAAGUUAUCUCUGUUCUUUGGAAGUUUGUAGCAUUGUUUUUGUUUUUUUUUUUUUUAUUUUGUAUGGGGUCUGUUGGUACUUGGACCUAGACACUGUCGA